UUUUGUCACAAUCCAUCACAGAGAUGUUUCGCCAGUGUGCAAUUCUUAUGACGUUUGCUUUAUUGACGUUUUGUCAAUUUAAGAACGCAACUGGAACUACUACACAGUAUCUAUCGACGAGUUGUGCUGAAGCAGUCCAUUUCUCUGGCCGUACACCCUCCAGCGGCAUAUAUCAAUUACGUGCACAGUUGCCUAAUCGGGGUGACAUAUCAUUUUACGUUUAUUGUUUACUCGAUCCAAACGGUGGCGAAGCCUGGACGGUUAUACAGAGACGGCAGGAUAAGAGCUUACACUUUAAUCGUAACUGGAGAGACUAUAAAAACGGAUUUGGCAACUUGAAUACAAAUUUCUUCAUUGGUCUUGAUAAAUUACACGCUCUCACGGCACCGAAACUGCACGAAUUAUGGAUUCAAUUAAAGGAUUUCGACGAUGUCGAGAAGAAUGCUACAUAUGAUAGUUUUGCUAUAGGCAGUGAGGAAGAGAAGUACGCAUUAACGGUACUGGGCGCUUACUCAGGCACAGCUGGUGAUGCCUUGACUGGUUGGCACGACGGUUUUAAGUUCAGUACGUACGAUGAGAAAAAUAGCGAGAGAGAUUUAAACUGUGCAGAAAAGUACAAGGGUGGUUGGUGGUUUAGCGAAGGCAGUUAUUGCCACAAGAGCCAUUUAAACGGUGCCUAUAAGAAUACGUCUCUCACAGCUGAUGGUGAAGGUCUGAUUUGGUCAUCUUGGCGCGGACGUAAAUACUCUUUAAAGUAUGUACAUAUGGCUAUAAGGCCUAAGUAUAAUUCAUUUGUAUAAACAGGUUAAUGGGUUAUAUUUGUGAAUAAAUAUCAAUGUUUAAAAAAAUAGUAGUGACAUCAACAUUACAUUUGUCGACGACUGUUACGGUAGUAUAUAUACUAUAAAUCAAAGAGUUUUUAACAAAAAAAGAUUAUGUAAGGAUCAAAUGUGAAGAUUAGUGUUUGCACGACAUUGUAAUAAAAUAUGUUGCAUGUGAAUUCAACAUUCG